UCUGUCAAUAUCUCUCUUCGUUUUCCAAAAUAUGGUCAGUUCCUACCCUCGUUUUGUGAAAAUGAGUACCUGUGUGGCAUUGUUGAGUGUGGUAUUGCUGAAGAUCAUCCAAAAUGCAGCUUCUAGACAGGCACCUCCUCAGGGCUUCAGAUAUGCCUCUUAUGACGUGAUCAUCCCGAGGAAGCUGUCUCCCAAGUACGGGCAAGAAGAACCCCAGCAUGUCAGCUACCUCCUGCACAUUGAAGGAAAUCCCCAGGUGCUGUUCCUCAGGAAAAGAAGGAAUUUCAUCCCAAAGGCCUUUCCUGUCUUCACCUAUGAUACAGCAGGAGAUCUCCAGGUGGAUCAUCCUUUUAUCAAGGAUGACUGUUUCUACUAUGGAUUUAUACAGAGAAAGUCCUCUUCUCGAGUCACCCUCAGUACAUGUUCAGGAGGACUGAGAGGUCUCCUGCAAAUGGAAAAUAAGACCUAUGAAAUUGAACCAGUCCAGGAAUCUUCUACCUUUCAACACGUGGUGUUUCGGUUAGAAGUAGAGGAAGGGGCUCUCCGAAUGACAUGUGGAGUAGGAGAGGAACAACAGACUCAUCAAAAGGACAUAAUUCCUGAAACACAGAAUCUUGGAAACAAAGACGUUUUUGGAAAAUCCUGGUGGCCACAUAGGAGAUAUGUUAAGGUAGCAAUUGUGAUUGAUCAUGAACGAUAUUUGAAGUUUCACAGAAAUGAAUCUUUUAUUACCUUGCGAGUUCUAGAUAUUGUGCAUGCUGCAAAUUCAUUGUUUGAUGCACUUUCUGUUCAUGUAUCAAUAACAGGCUUAGUGAUCUGGUCACAAAAAAAUCUCAUAAAAAUUUCCCAUGUAGCAGAUGACACACUUGCCUCAUUUAAUGAAUGGAGAACAUACAAUUUAGUUAACAUUUUAAAGAAUGAUGUUGGUCACUUAUUUGCUUAUAAAGAUUUUGGGAUAACAGUAGGACUUGCAUAUAUGGGUACUAUAUGUAGCAUGAAUGGGGCAAGUGCUAUUGAAUCCUAUAGAACUCCCAGUUUGUUUUAUAUGUCUGUCAUAUUUACCCAUGAACUGGGACACGUUCUUGGAAUGCAGCAUGAUGAAGGAUAUUGUCAUUGUGGAAAGAGUGAAUGCAUUAUGGCACCCUAUGCAGCAGAGAGUGAUACAUUUAGUAACUGCAGUUACAAGGAUUAUUUCCACUAUAGAAACAGUGGGUGUUUAUUUGUCCCACCAGACACUAACACAACAUUUAAAUUUGAAUCCUGUGGUAACAAAAGAGUGGAAAAGGGAGAGCAGUGUGACUGUGGGUCAGAAACACAAUGCAAGUCAGAUCCCUGCUGUCAAGCUAAUUGUAUGUUGCGCCCUGCGGCUGUUUGUGCCUUUGGACUGUGCUGUGCUAACUGCCAGUAUCGUCAACGUGGAACUGUUUGCAGAGAGAAGAUUAGCAGUUGUGAUCUCCCUGAAUAUUGCAAUGGGACCUCAGAGCACUGUCCAGAAGACAUGCAUGUGCAAGAUGGCGCCGUGUGCAAUGAUGGUGUGUAUUGUUAUCAUGGGAACUGCACGACUCAUGAUAUGCAGUGCAAAAUGAUAUUUGGCAGUGGAUCAAAAGUCGCUUCUGAAGUUUGCUUCAUAGAAGUGAAUAAUAAAGGUGAUCGCUUUGGCAACUGUGGCCUUAAACAUGGAAUUUACAAGAAAUGUGAUACUGGGGAUAGCCUGUGUGGCCGUAUCCAGUGUGAAAAUACACAAAUUCCUUCUUUGGAGGAUCACAGUACAAUAAUUCAAACUUCCACCAGAGUUAAUCAAUGCUGGGGCACUGACUACCACUCUGGGAUGAAGGUGAAUGAUAUUGGAUCAGUGAGAGAUGGUACUCCUUGUGGCAAUAACAUGAUGUGUAUUCAGGGUAGUUGUCUCAAUGUAUCCAUUUUGAAAUAUGACUGUAAUGUCACAAUGUGCCACAAUCGGGGAGUUUGUAACACUCUCAAACACUGUCACUGUGAUGUUGGAUGGGCUCCUCCAGACUGCCGAGAUAAAGGCUAUGGAGGUAGCAUAGACAGUGGGCCACCUCCAGUUUCAAUACAGGCUAAAGCCUAUAUGAAAACCUCAAGUGUAAUUGGAAUGCUCUGUGCUUUUUGUCUCACAAUUGUUUGUACUGGCCUGGUUAUCUGGUUCAAGAAUGGGCUAAGAAACCCAUGUGGAAAAUUUCAGGGAAGAGUCCAUGCUAUGAAAUCAAAUGAUGAAGGAACACCAGUGUAACUCACCUUUGGUAAGAAUGAAAAACCCAUCCAGUGUAAGCACAGUCAAUUUGAAAAACAAAGACAUCAAUAAUUUCAUUGUUUAAAGAUGUCUCCCAGACACAUUUCGUAUUAGGAAAUUUGGCUUCUUCGGAGGGGAAGAAACCCCCUGAUCUAUGUAAAGUAGAGUUCAGUCAGAGUAAGUCAAGCAAAUCUCUCAUUUCUAAAUUGUUUUAAUUUUGGAUCUUAAAACUCCAAGUUCAAGGUGGAAGGAAGAGAUAAUUCAGAAGCAGCUUGUCCCAGUGUGAUGGUUCCUAGUUUCUAUUAACAUGCAGAAAGUUGUAGUAGCAAGAAAUCACAAUUAAAAUCCAUUAUCAGUUUUUUAUUAGUUCUUCAUUUUUCUGCUAGAAUAUUUUUAUUCCCACUAAGAAUUAGUCCAGUCAUAUUAGUCAUAAUAGAUUAACCCGUGUCUCUCUUGCUUUAAGUCAGGGAAUUUCUUUCCAGGAUUGAUGAAAAACUGCUUGUUCCUCUCCCACCAAAGCCAUUGACUAAAAAAAAACUGCUACAGAUACAAUGAAUAAUAGGUGGCUUUUUCUGUAGCCUGAUAAAUACUUUUAUUAUUGAGUGAACUCUUAAAUGAACUUUAGAAUCAUCUGAAGCUACUGAUUGAGUCUGCUUCAGGAUUGACCUGCAGUGAUCAUCAGUCGGUCUCUGAAGAGAAGUCUCCAGGAUAGGCUUGAAAAUGAAGCAUGUGAGAUGCAGAUCCUUUGACCAAUAGACAGCUAUGCCAACAGUACAUUGGAUGUCAAGGAAAGAUUGAGAGGCAUUGUGGAUUAUAGGUAACUUGGGCUGCCAAAACAGCACUGCACACCAACCCUUCUCUAACUAUGCCCUGGCCGGUAACAUUAAUGAUGAAAUUAUUAUGGAUGUUCAGUACUGUGAAGCCACUCAGUGACAAUUGGAGAAAGACAUCUCCAACAUGGUCCUCUGUGUUAUUCAGUUACAAUUGUUCUCAUCAGUUCUACUAUGAUGUGAUCGGUUUUAAAUAAAAUGUUUUUGGAUGGUU